ACGAGGUUCCGGUGGCUCGGCGCCGCUCGGAGCUCCCGCGGUCUGAGCGCCGUAGGUGUCCCAGCCUGUUGUAAAUCAAGAAGAGUGGAGGAUCUGAUGACAUGGCCUUAAUUACCUUGUGGAGGAACCUUUGCCAUUUGUCUGAUUUUCGGAUCCACGGAGCUCUGGCCGCUCUGAAAAACCAUCCUAUAAUUCAUGUUCACAAGGUAGCCGAGGAGCGUCUGUGUCCGUGGUUCUGUUCACCGCAGGCUGAGCCUCUCGGGGUCAGGUUCCAUCACAGCUGUUGUAAAAACUUCCAUUCAGAAAACGGAAAUGACCUUCAUCCGGCUGGUGAGCCCGUGUUCUCUGAAGCACAUGUCUGGGAUAGGCCUGAACAAAGUCUUACAAGUGUGGAUGAGCCGACGUUUUACAGGAGACUAAACAGCUUCACGUCCUCAGAAGAAGUGUUGAGUUUUAUAAGCUGCAAACUGCAGACUUUGCCUGAUACUCUAGCAGCAGGCGCCUUACAGCGGAUUUGUGAAGUGGGGAGAAAAGAUGGUGAUGAAAAGCUGCCAAAAGAAAUACUAAAGAACCGUGUCUUUCAGGCGCUGUGCAUUCAGUGUGAACAGGAACCUUCAGGUCUGCCGGACACGGUUUUGGUGACCACUUUGCAAGCUCUGACUCUGUUGCAUGUGGAUCCCCACAGAGGCUUGGUUCUGAGCCUGGUGGCAGAAUGCCAGCGUCGCCUCAAAGGGGGUGGCCUGGAAGUCCACAGUCUUUGUAUUCUUGGGGAAAGUCUGAUCAUACUGCAGGGGCCGGGCUGCGCGACGCUAGAACUGGUGAUAGGUCAGCUGAAAAGGGAAAAGUUGGAAGAAUUUACCCCUGAGGAUAUCGUGGCUCUUUAUAGAAUCCUGCAGGCUUGUACUGAAAAAGUGGGCCAACACCAAGCAUUUCUUAAUAAGCUAAACAACUUUUCUCUGUCUGUAGUUUACAGCUUGACUCCAACAUCAAUGAGCCAAAUCCUCAGUGCCCUGGUGGUUCUUGAUCAAACCCAGGCACUUCCUCUGGUUAUAAAAUUGGGAAAAUAUGUUGUGAGGCAUAUCCCUCGUUUUACUAAUGAAGAGCUCAGAAAAGUCUUAGAGGCUUUCAUAUACUUUGGGCACAACGACAGAUUUUUUACAAAAGCCCUCGAGCAGCAUGUAGCCUCAGUGUGUCUCACUUUGGAUCCUGAGGUUGUCAGCAAGGUCACGGAGUACUGCGGUAGGAAGCGGAUUCUUUCAAAACCCAUCCUCGAUGCAGUGGCAGAAACCUUUGUUUGCCAAUCAGAAAAAUUUUCACCUCAUCAGAUCUCUGAGUUAAUCGAACCAUUUGGAAAACUCAAUUACUUGCCCCCGAAUGCCUCUGCUUUCUUUAGAAAGCUAGAAGACACGUUGCUCACUCAUUUCAAUUAUUUUCCACCCAAAACACUACUGAAAAUUCUCCAUUCAUGUUCACUAAUUGAAUGCCAUCCGGUCAACUUCAUGGCAAAAAUAUUCAGCCCUUAUUUUCUUCAAAAGCUGCAAGGUGAAGAAUCCUAUUUGGACAGACUGAGCCUCGCACAGCUGACCCAACUGUUCUUAACCUCGGUCCUAGAAUGCCCUUUCUAUAAGGGUCAGAAACUUCUUCCUAAAUACCGAGUGAGAUCAUUUCUUACUCCAUGUUCUUCCCUGGAGACGCCUGUGGAUUUCCAGCUUUACAAAUUUGUGAAGAUUGGACUGGUUGACCUUUUGGGAGCAAGAUUGUAUUUUGCUCCGAAAGUGUUAACGCCGUAUUGUUACACAAUAGGUGAUCAUAGCUCACCUUCUUCACAUGGGCUCUUUCUACAGAAGGAAUGGCAGGAUGUCAGAGGGAAGGAAGCGGUGGUCCACUGUGCCCGGCGACCACACAUCAGGGUGCAGGAGGCUUUGCUCUGGGAGGCUCUGGGAGCCGCAGUGAUGAAAGUUUUAACUUGCGGAGGUUAUACUCCUGCUUCGCUUAAAGGGCUUCCUUCACUCUCUGGGUUGAAGGAUUCCUGCCACUUUCUACAGAAGGAGAAGAAGAAAGGCAAGGUUCUUGUCAUGCCCGGUAUCUAGAGGACUCCACUCCUGGUUUUCUCAUGGCGGAGCAUCCUUAACUUAAGGCUGACUUGGGUGAUUGUAGAGCUGGUUAAAGUGAAAUUCUCACCAUGGUCUGGUAUGGUCAUUACUUCGCAGACUUCAGCCCGGCUGGUCCAUCACAGUGUGGAAGAAUUCAGAACAGAAGGAGGAGGAGGACAGGCAUGUAGUGUUUGUGAGGGUAUCACACGGAGAAUGUUUCCUUUCUUCUCUUACCAGAUGUUGAAAUUAAAUUAGACGAAGAAGGAUUAGUACUGCCAUUUACAGUCAAUGAAGAUGUGCAUAAGAGGUAAAACUGGUGUGGUUUGAUGUGGCGAGACUCGGCAGGCUUGGUAACCGAUGCUGUUUUCCCAGGGUGGGAGAGUAGACGAGGUUCUAGAAGUGAAGACACUGGCAUGCAGCAUCCCGAUUGUGGAAAUUCCGUGUAACAUAGACAUUCAUGUUAAUAAACUUGAGUGCCGUUGCAACACAGGAAAGGAUAGCACAUCCGUGAGUGACUGAAAAUAAUGCCGACAUAGAGGAAUAACCGAAUCCCAAGCGAAUCUGUGCCACUAAGAAUAUAUAAGUAUUUUGGAUUGUCUUAAAAAUUAAAUUUCUCCCUCUUAUCAGAUAAAGAGCUAGUA